CGUCAGUUCGGUCAGAAGACUCCCGCAGCUGAGACCGGGCCCUUGAAUAUGGGUUCUUUCUUGUCCCAGUCUAUGGAGCCCAUCAAGGUCUCUGCGCCUCCUAAGGUCACCAACUCCGCCGAGUCCCUGCCCCUCGCUGCACCUGGAGCGCCGACCUCUCCAGCGGAAGCCCCUGUAUUUAAUAACUGCUGGAGCUGUCGCGUGCUCUCCGGGUCGGGGCUGAUAGGGGCGGGCGCGUACGUGUACUGGGUGGCGAGGAAGCCCAUGAAGCUGGGAUACGCCCCGAGUCCAGGGACUGUAACGCAGAUGGUCAUCGGCAUCAGCAUUGCUUGCUGGGGUGUAAUCAUCCUGUCCGACCCCAAAGGGAAGGCCUUCCGUGCUGAUUGAAAGUACCAUCAGUGAGUUUGUCAUCUUCUGUCCAUGUCCCCAUGACACCAGAACAAGCAUCAGACUUACAGAAGUUCUGGACAGACGAAUGGAUAUUGACAGACUUCAGCCCUGCGGAUACUACAAGACUGAAAAGACAAAUGUAGGUUGUUAUUCUUUGGUGGUAAGGAUUUGUGGCCUUCUUCUCAGACUCCACAGGGACCAAUAAAUCCCUCAGAGAAGAGAACAAGUUCUUUGUCUUAUCUAGAGGAGGAGGAUAUAAUAAAAAUAAAGAGGAAAUGAUAAACUAAA